AUGGCAUCAAAGUUGAAUCCGUUACUGGCCAAAGCUGCUGAGGCAUCAAAGAUUUUGACAAAGAAUGGAAAGAGUGGAGCUGAGUACUACAACAAGCUGCUGGAGAGAAACAAACAAUAUAUCAAGGAUCCUCCCACUGUGGAGAAUUGCAAGCUCUUGGCUAACCAACUCUUCUACACUCGUUUGGCCAGGUUCGCAUCUGUUGCUGAGUCUAAUCAGACUGAUUAUUAUUUCGAUGACAUGAUUGAUCAUACAUGUGAAGCUUCCCUAUUUACUGGUGCCAGCAUUCCAAACCGAUAUCAAUCUCUUGUGAAAGAAGUGGAGUUUGUCAAGGGCAUAUGGAAGAACAGGAAAGAGGUGAAAACUGAGGAUGUAGGCAUUGCUGCUCUUUUCGGAUUAGAAUGUUUUGCCUGGUUUUGGGCUGGAGAGAUUGUUGGACGUGGAUUCACUUUUACUGGCUACCAUGUUUGA